UUCACCACAUUAUAUAUAUACAACUAGCUCAUCAUGGGCAAGCUUAGAACAAAUGGCAAGAAAAAUGGGUUUGUGAAGCUGAAAGCGGUAGCUAAAAUGCUACAUAAGAGUCUGAUUUUGGGUAGGAAAUCAAAUUAUGUCCCGGAAGAUGUGAAGGAAGGGCAUUUUGCGGUGAUAGCUGAAGAAGGUGAUGAACCUAGGAGAUUUGUGGUUCCAAUAUCUUUCUUGACACAUCCAGUAUUUCUUAGGCUGUUGGAGCAAGCAGCGGAAGAGUAUGGUUUCAAUCGCGACGGGGCGUUGACGAUACCUUGCCUGCCAAGCGAGCUGGAGAAGAUAUUGGGGGAGCAACAUUGGGAAGAAAACGGAGAUUGUGAUGAUGAUGAUGAGGUUGAUGUCAAUUGCGGUUCCCACAAUGCCAUUCAAAGUUGUUGAAACAAAUUAAAUCAAAUUGAGCCUUGUAUUAUUCAUUUUUACAUGAAUGUGACGUCUAGUUUAUGUCUUCUAUUCCUCUUAUGGCAG